ACAAAGGCUGAUAUUUUUAAUCAAUUUUUUAACAAAGAAAACUAAAUCAAAACUAAAUCCAACAAAAUGAAAUUCUUUAACAUCACCCUACUUUUUGUUAUCCUCGCUUUGGCCUGCUGCUUGAGCACAACAUUGGCUGAUGAACCCAAACGUGGCCUGAGACGUCCACCAGGUAAAUUGACAAAGACCUCAACAACCACCGCCAAUCCCACAGAAGAAGAAGAAGGUGAUUAUCCCGAAAAUGCUGAGGAGGCCCAAGAAGGUGAAGGUGAACCCGAGGAAGCCGAUGUCUCAACUACCACCACAACAACAGAGGCACCCAAACGUAUUGGACCCGUGAUUCGUCCAUUCCGUUCGAAUGAUGAUUUCUUGAACUCGUUGAAACGCCGUCAAAUGAAUGCCAAGAAAGCAAAGGCUGAAAAACCAGCCCCCAAGCCCAAAGCCCCCGUCAACCAUGACUCCGAUGAUGGCGAAGAAGAAGCUGCACCAGCUGCCCCCGCUCCCAAGGGUUUCAGCAAACCCAACUCAGCUUUGAGCCGUAACCGCAAGGCUGGCAAGCCCACAAAACCCGAACCCGUCGAACAGGAGCAAACUGAGGAAGCUGAUGCCGAACCUAAAGAAGAAGCUAAACCCAAACGUCCAUUGGCCGGUCGUUUAGCCUUAAGGAAACGUAACUAAAAUG